AUGACUGCACAGUGCCCAUCGUCGUUUGCCUUUAGUUCCUUACUGUUGUCAUCGUUUCUUUUGUUGCUGACGGGCGUUUUUUUUACCGAAGGCACGGAGGAAAACGGUGAUAACAUGCCGGAACCGUCGAUUGGGAAUGCAGCCGCGCUCUCAAUGAUGCAAGAUGUCUCUAUGGGGAAGAAAAAUUCCUCCACGAUGUCACCUACUCCACCGGAACCCCCCGAUGAUAAUCCCUCUUCUGAUUUGGCGAACCCCCCGCCAAACAGCACAUUCCUCAUCGCAGCUAAUAAUUCCGUCACGUCAACGACGGGAAUGACGCAUUCACCAACGACUUCUCUCACCGUCUCACCCACCCCGUCGCUGGAGGAUGUGCCGGACAACAUGUAUACACGGGCGGAAAGUUGUGAUAUUCCCAUAGUAAAUAAAUGUGUGGAGCGAUUUUGCAAUUGCAUCUCUCGGGGACAGUUACAGAAUGCCAACCGGUCGUGGUAUAUCAAGAACGGGGUUUAUCAAUGCCACGAAUUUGCAAAUGCGAAUUGCUACUAUAACCUUUAUUGUGCGCGCGAGCGGGUGUCAUGCCUAUGGAGUGCCUCUUUUUUGUACAAGGCGUACCGUCCACAAGGGAACACUUUGGCGACAUCAUAUGAAUUGAGCCAGAAAAAUUCCCAGGGCAGCAUGCCAUGUGUUGGUCUAGAGGAUAUACAGGGCAAUUUUUCCCAGCUUACAAAGAACACAAAUUACUACGACUCUCUGUUUUAUAGUGAGUGUGUGGACUAUGUGACAUUUAUUUUGCAGCGUACGGGUGAUGGUAUUUGCGCUGCAAGCAUUGUUCCCAUGUAUGUUUGUGGGGACUCUCUGUUUCCCGUUCCACCCACACGUCAAAUCCACUAUACCCCAUUAAGUGAAGGGGCUCGGCGACUUGUUAUUUCCAUUGUGGCACGAAUUGUAGGUAACUUUACCCCCAUAUUUAAUUUGGAACGUGCCAAGUAUAAUGAAAAAUAUCAAAUGAAUAUUGAAAAUCAAUUAAGUAAUGCUAUGUACAGUUGUUUUUUUGACGCGAUCGGAAUCAAAGGAGUUUUUUCUGUGAAACACGAGGACGAAUGUCUUGUUGUGAGAUAUGAAGUGGGUGUGGGAGAGGCUGAUCCAUGGGUGGGCGACGUUGUGACGGCAAAUGCACUAAGUCUGAUGGUGCGCAGUGCCUCCUGGAUGGACCCCGCGCAACGGGUGAUUGGAAAUAUUACGGACUCUGUGAAGCUUAGUGCACCCAUUGUUGUAUAUUAUGUGAGCUUUGAGUCUGGAACAGCCCAACCGGAGGCCAAACUGUGUGAUGCCGGGUGUUCGGUAGCUAUUUCAUUGGUCCUGUUUUUGACACUUAUUGCAUUUGCUUUUUCGUGCGUUUUUUGUUGUAGACUGUCUCGAAGGCCGUAUUUUAUGUUCGAUGACGACCACGAUUUUGAGGAGAUGGAAAUUGUUAAGGGUCGAAGAGCCAUCGUACCCAAUAGAAAAUAA